GUUUCAAAACGCGAUUUCCCAUUUUCAUAACCAGAACGAUUCAAGAACACAAGAAAAUAAAAGAUGAAGAAGGAAGAUACAGUGAAGCUAAUCAGUUCCGAUGGAUUCGAAUUCGUCGUUGACAAAGAAGCUGCCAUGGUUUCACAAACCAUUCGCAACAUGCUUACCUCUCCAGGGAGUUUUGCUGAAAGGGAACACGGACAAGUAACUUUUCCUGAGAUUAGUUCCACUAUUCUUGAGAAGAUUUGUCAGUAUUUUUAUUGGCAUCUUGAAUUUGCUAGUGGAAAGGACAGAGAGUUUCCUAUUGAACCUGAAUUAACUCUGGAGUUAAUGAUGGCUGCCAAUUACCUACAUACUUGAGCAUACCGACUUCCCAAAGGUAAUGCAGCAGAAACUGUUGCUUUGUUUAUGGAGAAGAAUAAGCUACUAUUGUUGUUGCCGUUGUAAACUAUAUACCUGUGACAACUUGAAUAUACCUAUAAUCUGUGUAAUCAAAUGAUAGUUAGAAUCAGCUGUUAGAGUAACCUGAUUGAUGCGUGUCUAGAUUUUUCUGUAAUUCUGUUUCGCUAGUUGGUUCCGUCAGUUGAUCAUACCUUGUUCUAAUUCAACUUUGAUUGCAUAUGUAGCUAAUUAUUUGUAGUGAUAUGUUAACAAUUUGUUUGGUUUAUUUUUAUUGUGAAAAAAUGUUUGAUUUCGUAGUCA